AUGGGAAAACAUAAAAAACGUACACGCAGCGAAGACAGGAAGGAGGAAACGAAGAAAUUACGGCGUGAAUUGAGAGACCUGAAAGAUUUGGUGAUGCAGUGUCUGGCAGCGAAAUCCAGAGAUGAUGCGUCCAACAGGGACGCCUACGACAGUGAUGACAGUAUCAGCGAAGAAGAUCCCCCAAGCGAUGUGGACAGUCAGGAUAUACGAGAAGAGGUAAGGGACCCAGAAGCGCCACAGACCCCUGAGACAGGGGCUAAAAAUGGAUCACCAGACCGGCCUGGAGACACAGGCAGCGCGCCAGAAACAACUUCUCAGGCUGCACCGGCUCAGCAGGAGGAUACAACAACUGGGACCAAAACUCCCACGGAAUCCGUUAGUCAGAAGAAUAAAGAGCCCGAAGGAGCCCCAAGCCUAAAUGAAGAAGUUAUAAAAAUAAUUGGCAAACCGCCGGAAACGGAGGAAGCUUGUCAAAAAAUUCAUCCGGACGUCUCAGUCCGGUGGAAUGCGUGGCUGAAAUCCGGACUAAAGAAAGAAGAAAAGGACGAACUGUUGAAAAAUUAUCCUCGAGGAGGAUCCUGUCUCUUAGAAGCGCCAAUCCUGAACCCGGAAAUAGCAUCCACCUUAAACGAAUCGGCGCCGAAGCGAGACAAGUAUUUCUGUGCUACCCAGAAACUAGCAGGAUCCAGCCUUUCAGCCCUGGCGCCGGCUAUUACCCUGCUCUUGGAGAAUGAAACAGUUGACUCGAAGACAAUUCUGACUAACAUCUGGGAUGCAGCAAAAAUUCUGGCAGAGCUUCAUCAUUCACAAUCCGUAGCUCGCCAAGCGACGAGACUUAAAAAUCCAAAGUGCGAAGAGACCUGUCCCAGCCAGUUCGGGAAACUGGAGCGGCCCGUCAGCAAUUCGAAGACCGACCACCUUGACGGGCCAGAGAUUCAAAUUUCAGAAGUCGGCAAUAGCCCAGAGGAUACCAUCGAGACAGUCCAACCAGAGCAAAACGAGCCAGAUCCAGAAUCAGGCUUAUCGUCGUCGGCACUCGUACAACAGCAGCAACACCAGCAGCAGAUCGAGGACUCAUUGAGUGACCAGCAAAUACAGCGGCACGGCACAUCCACUGAACAAAAACCUUACCCUGGUGGCCGCGAAAUUAUCCGGCAGGCGCUGUUAAAUAAGAACACAUCGGAGGAAUCCGCUGAAAUCAUGAUCGCGUCAGUGGAAAACUCAACUCUCAAGCAAUAUGAAUCUUCGUAUAAACUUUGGUGGGAAUUUAAUCAAGAGACCCAGUCUGACCCUUUCAGCAUCACAGCCAAAAAAGUGCUAUCUUUCUUGACGAAAAGAUUCCAAGAUGGUGCCAGCUACGGAACCAUCAACUCUGGAAAAGCGGCGCUAGCACUGAUAGCGAGAGAGGAAAUCGCUAACUCCGAUCUCAUCAACAGGUUUAUGCGAGGCGUAUACAAGAAGAGACCUGGCCGACCUAGGUACGACACAAUCUGGGAUGUAGACCCAGUGCUGGAUAAACUUGCGGAGUGGUAUCCCCUCGAACCUCUCAAACUAAAAAAGGUCACCAAAAAACUAGUACUACUCUUAGCACUAGGAACAGCACAUCGUAUUCAGACGCUAGCCGCUAUAAAAAUAAGUAACAUAAUAGAGACUCAAAAAGGUCUGGAAAUAAAGAUUCCGGAACACAUAAAAACAUCCAGGGCAGGAGCCGUUCAGCCCCUGCUAAAACUACCGUUCUUCGAACACAAACCUGGACUAUGCAUCGCAAGAACUUUGCUACAUUACUUAACAAUAACUAAAGACUUAAGAGGAAAAGAAGACUACUUGCUGAUAUCUUUCCAAAAACCACAUGCAAAAGUCUCAAGAGACACCAUUGGGCGAUGGAUAAAAAGUACGCUUAAAGAACUCGGAGUAGACGAGCGAUAUACUGCCCACAGUACACGACAUGCUGCGACGUCGAAGGCGGCCGAGAAAGGUGUCAACAUAGACGAAAUAAAAAGAAUCGCGGGAUGGUCCCAGAAAUCGAAGGUCUUCGCGGAUUUCUACAACCUCCCGAUCAAGAUCCAAGACGACGACUUCGCGAAGAGGGUCAUGUUGACAUAAAAACAAAAAAUUUUUAAUAGACUCUAAAAGUCCACAUUGUAAUCUCAAAGGGCGAGACAUGAAGUA